CCUGACGCUGAGGUUAGCUUCCGCCAGGCGGCUCCACGUUAGCUCUCUGCCGGUGAAACAUCGGUUGAAUAACGGGCGACAUUUUGCGUAGUUUCGAGCGACAUCUGUCACAAAAGGCGUGCUGUAAUUUUAUUUUUUUGUCGACGCAUUUAACCGAUUUUGUUGUUAAUUGUUCACAAUGAGCUCGAUUAACGUGAAAAAGCUCAAAGUUAACGAGCUCAAGGACGAACUGAAAAAGCGAAACCUUUCCGACAAAGGGCUGAAGGCCGAGCUGAUGGACCGCCUGCAGGCCGCGCUGGACGACGAGGCCCUCGCUACGGACACCGGCGCGGCUCCGGAGGAAGCUCCAGUGGAAGAAGGUUUCGACCAGGCCGUCGAUCUCCAGGAGAGAAUGGGAGAGGAAGAAGAGGGCCCGGUGGAGGAGAGCAUGGAGGCCAACGAGGAGGAAUCGGAGAGUGCGGGCGACGGGAAAGCUGUGGCGGAGGACGAAGAGAUGGGUGAGGAGGAAGAAGAAGAGAUGGACCCCAAGCAGGGAGAUGAGGACGGUGAGCCCGGGACCGAGGCUGCUGAGGGGGAUGCGGACAAAGACACGAAUGCUGAUCAGAAGAAUAAGAAGGGUGUUAAGAGACGCCGGGAGGAACAUGGAAGGGGCUACUUUGAAUUUAUUGAAGAGAACAAAUACAGCUGGGCUUCGUUCAAGUCCCCUGUACCCCCACUGGAUGAGGAGGAUGAGGAAUCUGAUGACACUAAAGUCUGCUUGGAUGACUACAACUGCGACCUGCACUUUAAGGUGUCACGUGACCGGUACAGCGCCUCGUCCCUCAUCAUGGAGAGCUUUGCUUAUCUCUGGUCUGGAGGCAGAGCCACCUAUGGUGUGAAGCAAGGCAAAGUUUGCUUUGAGAUGAAGUUGACAGAAAAGAUUCUAGUGAAGCACAUUUCCAGCAAAAACUUGGAGAUUCAUGAUGUUCAGGUUGGAUGGUCCCUGGGAAACGGCUCACUGCUCCUAGGUGAGGAGGAGUUCUCCUACGCCUACUCUUGGAAAGGCAAGAAGACGACCAACUGUGUGACUGAGGACUUUGGAGAGGCGUUUGAGGAGAAUGAUGUCAUCUGUUGUCUCAUCGACUUUGAGGGUGAUGAGGUGGUGCUGUCCUUCUCCAAGAACGGUGGGGAACCAGCCGUCGCUUUCCAGGUCCGCAAGGACUCUUUGAACGACCAGGCCCUUUUCCCUCACGUCAUGUGUCGCAACUGUGCUGUGGAGUUCAACUUUGGCCAGAUGGAGACACCGUACUUCCCUGAACCUCAGGGCUACACCUUCCUGCAGCAGAUCCCUGUCGGUGAGAGAGUGCGGGGGCUGAAGGGGCCCCAGACGAAGGCCGACUGUGAGAUCAUUGCGAUGGUUGGUUUGCCAGGCUCAGGGAAAACCACGUGGGUCAAGAACCACGUGGAGCAGAACCCAGGGAAGUACUACAUCCUGAGCAGCGACACCAUUGUGGAGAAGAUGAUGAUGAACAGCUUGAAGCGCCAGUCCAAGGAUAUUACCAAACUCACCACCAUUUCCCAGAGAGCACCACUUUUCUUGGGGAAAUUCAUUGAGAUUGCUGCCCGCAAGAAGAGGAACUACAUUCUAGAUCAUACCAACGUGUCUGAACCUGGCCAGAAGAGAAAGAUGUGUCUGUUUGCAGGCUUCCAGCGGAAGGCGGUGGUGGUCUGCCCUUCUGACGAGGAGUACAAGCAGAGAGUCCAGAAGAAGGUGGAGAGUGACGGAAAGGAGGUGCCGGAGCACGCGCUGCUCAAACUGAAAAGCUUCUUCUCUCUGCCCCAGGAGGGAGAAAGCUUCAGCGAGGUCACGUAUGCGGAGCUGCAGAAGGAGGAGGCGUCCAAGCUGCUGGAGCAGUACAAAGAGGAGAGCAAGGCCGCCCUGCCUGCAGAGAAGAAGCCCAACCCUGGAAGCACGACUCCAAAAAAAGGUGCUGGCAGCAGCAGCGGUGGCGGCACUGGUGGCGGCAGCGGUGGUGGCAGUGGCAGUGGUGGCCAACGGGAUCGUGAUCGGAGCCGGGGAGGCAAGAACCAGUUUGGCCGCAGUGGACCUGGACAGAGAGGUGGUGGUGGUCGUGGAGGCUUCCAGAACAGAGGCAACUUCAGAGGAGCUCCAGGACCUCGUGGAGGCUUCAUCCGCCCUCCUCGUAGCUUUCUGCCUCAACCACCCCCCUUCAGAGGGGGCUUCCCCAACCGUGGGAACUUCAGCCGAGGUGGAGGCCCCAUGCCCAGUCUGGGCGGAUCCCCCAGAGGGGGGCCAAUGAGGGGAAACGUGGGCCAUCGAGGAGGACCCAUGAACAGAGGCGGUCCGAACAGAGGAAACCAGAGCAGAGGAGGUGGAGGCAACAUGAAUCGGACUGGAAACAGGGGCCACCCCAUGCAGUUCCAGCAGAGAGGAGGCGGCCGUGGAAACUAUGGCAACAAGAACAACAACUUUGGCAACAACAGGAACAGUGGCAACUUCGGCAACAGGAACGGGAACAUGGACAAGGCUCAGGCCUUCAACCAGAGCUGGCAGCAGGGGUUCUGGAACCAGAAGCCCUGGAGCCAGCAGUACCAGCCUGGAUAUUACUGAGACAUUGUUCUAAAGACACUGAGAACCACCGCGAGCCACGGAACGUCCCUCCACCCCGCCGUUUGAGUUCGGUUUUUUUUUACAAUCUACUUUUAAUCGGCUGAACCCACCAAACGAAGAGCGAAGCGACAUGGAGCAACAUUCCAUUAGAGGAGAGCCGGCAGCAGAGGUCCCACUGGACCUCCUGUGGUGUGGCUCAGCCUGUCAGCCAGUCGUUGUUGUUGUUGUUGUUUUGCCUUUGUUUUGUUGUAUAUUUCAUUAUAACUGAACCACUUUCUGAUGUGCUUUUAAAGAAAAACUUUAAUACCAGAAACCUCCCGGGGGGGCUAUUUAAGUUUUAUUUCCCUAAGCAGUCUGCAUUUUAUGUGCUGUGAUAUUUUUGCUUUUUAUUACAAAUUGUAGUUUAAAAACAGUUUUUGUUAUUUUGAUAGUUUGUGAGAAGUGUAGGAAGUGUAAAGGUGGAUGAAGCCUGGCUGUUAGACUCCACCUGUAGUGAUGGAAAGUUAAAGCAGCGUCAUGUCCUCCCCCUCCAUUAAACUGUAACGCUUCAGACUUCAAUAAACGACUCGUUUGAUUUUGUACAUUC